AUGAUUGAUUUACUUGAUUGUAAGGAUGCUGUUUUAAUGGCUAAAGUUUCAAGAGAUCAGCAUUUAAAAUCUCGAGGAUAUGGAUAUGUAACUUUUAAGAAUAGUGAGUUGGCUUUAAAUGCUACAUAAUUGACAAAAUCAAAAUAAACGAGUUGGUAAAUUGCUCAGCAAUGGCCUGUAAUUAGAGAAUGCAAAAAAACUGGAUAUGGUAUUGUCAAUGUAAUGAAUUUCCCCUAGUUAUGGAAUGAAGAUUGCAUAUAGAAGAUUUUUUAAAGCUUCAGAAAGAUCUCAAUGACUAAAAUUAAUAGAGAGUUAAAUGGAGCAUCUACUUUAUUCGCAGUAAUUCAAUACCAGGAUCCUAGAAAUGAUGGUAUAUAAUGUGCUUUAAGAUCAGUCAAAGGUUUGAAUGAUUUCGAAAUGGAAGAGCACACGCUUAAUGUUAAGGUACCCUCUGAAUUUCUAGCAGAAUAUCAAACUAAAGCAUUAGAAAUUUUACAAUAAUUCAAUAAAAAAGAUUCGGACUACAAGUAAAACGUUAAUAAAUUCAUCUUAUACUACAUUAAAUAACUGGUAGGGGAGAAAUAUGCAUCUGAGAUCAUAAAUAGGUUCAGUACCAUGCUUAUUAACCAACUACUUGAUGAAAAUCUUUAAAAUAUAUUAGAUUUAAGCAAUUUAGCUGAUAGAGUAUGA